AUGCUCUUCCCCGUCCUCAGCGCGUGUAUGAGCGGCGGCGGCUUUGGCAGAGCAGCGAGGCCGGCAUCGGGCGGCGGCUUUGGUAGAGGAGGGGCGAGGCCCGCUGCAGCGCGGAAGCCGCCGCCGUCGCUCGAGGCUGUCGCCGCACGAUUUCGCAACCGGCUCCCAGCGAGUGAGUGCGAGCCGUGCGCAUGCGGCAGCGGCCUGGGGUACGCCGCGUGCUGCCAGCCUUACCAUGCCGGCGGUGCUUCUCCCGAGUCGCCCGAGCGGUGCCUGCAAGCUCGCUUCUCUGCGUUUGCGUACCGCCUGCCGCUGCCGCUCAUCGCGACCACGCACCGCGAGAACCGCGACUACCGCGAGGACCGCGUGGCCUGGGCGCGUGCGCUGGACCGCGAGGGGAUGUUCGACGGCUUUGAGUUUGCGCGCCUCUCCUUCACAGCGACGCUGCGGCCGCGGGGAGGAGGAGAGGAGGUGUCCUUCUCGGAGCGGAGCCGCUUCCUGCGCGGCGGCAGCGGCUGGCUGUACGCGAGCGGCGAGGUGACGGCGGAGGAGGGAGGGACGGUGCUCAACUGA